AUGACAUCACCAAUCAACGAGUUGCGUCCAGGAAGUGAGCGGGAUAUUCUCACAUCUAUGGGGGCUGUGCCGAGAAGCUCUCUGACCACGCAAGUUCGACUCAUGGAGACCGCUAUCUACGAGAACAGUACUGCCUCGUAUGUCCCCCAUGUUUCUACCCUUGGUGAAAGUAUCAAGAAUGUCCUGUGCGACAACGACGACUCCAAGGCUGACAUACCCACUGUUGGCAGUGAUGAAGAUCUAUGCGCUCUUUGGACCAUCAUUUGCUUGGCUCAUUGA